GAUCUCUGGCCCCUAUUUUUUUCUUCUAUCGUCGGGUUUCUCUUCGUUCCAGCAUUUUUUUUAUUGGUUUUGACAUUCAUCUCUUGAAUUUUUUGUUGUGACGAUGAUACCCUUGUGUUGAAUUUCCUUCCUUUUCACAAUUAGAGAAGACUCCACAUACAUAUUGAAUUCUAUCAACAGAAGCUUAUAGAUUUUUUUUGUAUACCCUAAUAGUUUUUGAACUUUUUCAAAACCAUGGCUCUCUCUGGUGAUCAUAAAAGUAGAGGAGAAUUGAGGAUUUAUGAUAGUGAGGAUGAGGUGAAGACCGUUUUAGCAGAGUAUGUUGCUGAAAUAUCGGACGCAGCUGUGCAGGAGCACGGAGUUUUCGCCUUGGCUAUAUCUGGUGGUUCUCUCAUUGAUUUAAUGGGAAAACUCUUGCAACCUCCUUAUAACAAGACAGUGGACUGGACCAAGUGGUAUAUCUUAUGGGCUGACGAGAACGUUGUGUCGAAAAAUCACGAGGAUAGCAGUUUUAAGCAUGCUAAGGAUGUGUUUUUGUCUAAGGUGCCUAUUGUCCCCAGUCAUGCGGUUUCUAUUAAUGAUUCCGUGUCAGCAGAAGAAGCUGCUGAAGAUUAUGAGUUUGUCAUCCGACAGUUAGUGAGAACCCGUGUUGUCAACGCGUCUGAGAUAAGUGACUGCCCAAAAUUUGAUCUUAUUCUGCUAGAAUUGGGUACAGAUGGUCAUGUUGCCUCUUUAUUUCCUAAUCACGCGGCACUCAACGAAAGAAAAGAAUGGGUAACUUUCAUUACCGACUCCCCUACACCCCCACCUGAGAGAAUCACAUUCACCUUGCCUGUUAUCAAUUCUGCGUCCAACGUAGCAAUGGUUGCAACAGGUGAAAGCAAAGCGGAUGCGGUACUGUUGGCAGUUGAUGAGAUUGGACCUGAUCGCCCGUCAAUACCAGCAAGAAUGGUCCAACCACCUAACGGAAAGUUGGUGUGGUUUUUGGAUAAGCUUGCUGCAUCAAAACUCGAAGAUUCCGACUUGAACAAUUAGUGUGAAAUUCAAGUUCCUUGCAGAGGUGUAAGUUUGUAUGUAGUGUUAAGGGAUUUGACAAAUAUUGAUCUUCCUUAGAUCCUGCUUUUUUAUUUUGGGUUAUUGGUUAUGAUGAUGGUCUAUUUUGUUUGCAAUUUAGAAUGAAAAGUCAGGUUCAAGUAAUUCUAGUAGUUCACUUUCCAUUACCCUCUUCCCAAUUUCAUGUUUAUAUGGAAAAUUGAAAUGUA